AGAAAACGACAUUGAAGAAAGGUACUCUCGAAGGAUCUUCUGAGAUUGAAGUCACUUCGUUGUUUCUUCACGGUUUCACGAACAAUACCUGGUAAUUGACUGAUCUGUUGAUCAGCGGUAAAUGUUUACGUGCGUGUGAUUAGAGUUCGACGUUGUAAAUAAAAGUGUUCCAGCACCGUGUGUACUGUUGUCGUGAUCCGAGUCUGAAUUUCAAUCUCUUUUAGUGCAAUCGAAUUUUUUGCCCUACGAUUCGGUCGCAUUAGGUUAGAAAGACACCGAUAUUGUCCGGUUCUACGGGAAAGUGUCGUGCGGAACAAUUGUUGUCUCGCAAAAAGUGGCAAAAAUAUAUAUUCCUUGAAUGAGAAAAAGGGGAGUGUGAAUAAACCGACGGAGGUUCGCAGAGUCGUGUAUCUCUGCUUGUGUGUACCAACCGGAGCUGUCAUAAAUGUACACAUUCUAUAUAGAUUGCACGAUCUAUGCUCGGUUAGUGGGCCGAUUUACUGGAGACAAGUGAUCGUGUCUGACGCGCGGCAGUGAAUUGACAUUAAUCAUCGUCGCGCGGUGUUGUGCACCAAUCGACCAUCUAAAGAACUAGUGCCGCAUUUCUAUCCGACGGCGAGUUUCCUCACGCAGCAGACUGUGCCUUUUCUCUGCCAUUCUUUUUGGUCGAUAAAUUUCUCUGGCUUCCCGAAGAACUCGAUAUUUUAGAUAUUGCUGACGUUUCACGGGCGGUGACAAGUAGUCGGAGCCGUAACUAUUGUGGCACAUCGCUUACUCCCUUUAUUCGUCUCUCUUCGUCUCUCUCUUGUUAUGCUUCGAGAGAAAGAAAGAGAGCGAGAGAACAGAAUGAGAGCGAGUGAAAAAAGGAAAGCCUGCGAAUGAGUAACUGAAUGCGAAAGAGAGUCGUAGUUUAAACGAGUAACGGAGCGAGGAAGAAGAGGGAGAGUAGGGAAGUAGAAGAGAGAAAUUGUACGAGUGCGCCUGCGAUAGAGAGAAAAAGAGAGGAGAAUUCACGCGCGCGCGCGAGCGCGUACACAGAAAACUCUAUCCGUCCUUAUCGGUUUCUUUCUUUCGCAGUCCCUAUGCACCGCUUUAACGGUUUCUCGUGAUUUUUCGAUAAUGCCAUUUCGUCGAAGGUUAUGAGGUAUUGGUUACAUAGAUAACUUUCGGGUGAUCAUGGCUAAUCGGGGUACAGCCCAGAGGCCAAAUGGUUCAGCACAAGGGAAAAUUUGUCAGUUUAAACUGGUGCUACUUGGAGAAUCUGCAGUUGGAAAGUCAAGCCUUGUUUUGAGGUUUGUUAAAGGACAGUUCCAUGAGUAUCAAGAAAGUACCAUUGGAGCUGCAUUUUUAACACAAACAGUAUGUUUGGAAGACACAACUGUCAAAUUUGAAAUUUGGGACACAGCAGGACAGGAGCGUUAUCACAGUCUUGCACCAAUGUAUUAUCGGGGUGCACAGGCUGCCAUUGUUGUGUAUGACAUAACAAAUCAGGACACAUUUGUACGUGCCCAAACGUGGGUGAAGGAGUUGCAACGACAAGCCAGUCCAAAUAUAGUUAUAGCAUUAGCUGGAAAUAAAGCGGAUCUUGCUAAUAAGAGAGUUGUAGAAUUUGAUGAGGCCCAAACAUACGCGGAGGAAAACGGUCUUCUUUUCAUGGAAACUUCAGCCAAAACAGCAAUGAAUGUUAAUGACAUAUUCCUGGCAAUCGCUAAAAAACUUCCAAAGAACGAGCAAUCGGGAAGCGCAAGUACAAGUGGGCAAGGUCGUCGAUUAGUUGAGACAGAAGGACAAAAGGCAGCAACUGGCAAUUGUUGCAAGUGAUUAUCCAAAUCUAUAUGUACCAUAAUCAACAAAUAUAAAUACACAAUGAGUGUGUCCUCAAUGAAUUUGAAUGGAUAUGAAACAAUGGGGAAAUGCCACUAUAUUGGAAUGGGAGGUGAACUGUGCAGGACGAACAUUUUGCCUGAGUGAUUUAAAAAAUGCGUGUAUUACGUUGCAUUCGACGAUAUAUCAUCUAUUUUGAGUAUCAGAUCUAUCGAAGAGCGAGAGAGAGAGAGAGAAAGAGAGAGAGAGAGAGAGAGAGAGAGAGAGAGAGAGAGCGAGCGAGAGAGAUAUGGUGAAGCUCCCAUUUGUAAUUCUAGUAGUAAUGGGCGAUGUUCGUUAUAUAUAUACACAUACACACACAUACAUGCAUACAUAUAUAUAUAAAUAUAUAAAUAUAUAAAUACGAUUAUACUAUAAAUCAUAUCUAAUAAAUAUGAUUUAUAUAAUAAGUAAUGUUAAUGGUAAUAAGUAAUAAUAAUGUUAAUGGUAAAUAAUAAUAACAUUAAUAUUAGUAAUGAUAAUAUACAUUUAAAACAUACAAUGUACGAUGAACUUUUGGCACGCGAAACGUCUUGUAAGAUAGUAGGCCAUUUCUGCUGCUAUAAUUACCUAUGUAUCUACUUUCUUAGUUUGUAAUCAUGUAUAACAAAUUCUUGCUCCGAAAUAUAUUGUAUAUUAAUUUUAUUCGAUAAUUCAUGAUAAAUUAUAAAUAAUUACACAAGAGAAAAAAUAAACUUGUGAAUAUUACUAACGAUUUUGUUGCAAUGUUCGCUUUCGUGCAUAGUUAUUUAUCACUUUACAAAUAAGUCUGUUAUUAUUGCAAUGGAAGGAGCCAUUAAAUCUGUGUAAAACGAUUGCUUAAUUUAAGUACAUUAUCGAAUUCAUUUAUUCGAUCUAAUCUAACUCUGUUUGAACAUUCUAUAAUGUUAAAUAUUUAUUUCCACGUUGUAAUUUAAGGGGAAGUACGUGGAAUAAAUGAUCCAUAAAAUA